AUCGCCGUAACCACAAAGUUAGUCAUCAAAAAUUGAUGUAGCGGUCACUAUAAAUAACCAGACAACCAGAUAAGCAUCGACGUCUGCUAUUGAUGGCUCCUCCCCCGCUACCUGUAAAUCUGCGAUGCCAUCUCCCGACAAAUGGAUGUGACAGGCGGCCGCCGGAGCCCGAGGAUCGGCAAUGACUAAAUCCUCUCUUUAACGCAAGAAACGGUCUCUCUUUAUUUUUCAAACGAUAUUUCUGUAAGGGGAUAUCUACAUACUGCGACCUUUCAACGCGCGGAGCGCAUUCAACAGUGCGCGGUGCGGGGCUCAAGUAGCGGACCUGCUGAAAGCUGCGCUAUUAAAAAGGUGGAGUGAGUGAAUCCAUCGACUGACGAGUCUCUUCAACAUGACACUUGCAGUGUCAGCCAUCGGGACUGUCGGGAACAUCGUGAGUUGUUGAGCAGGUUGCACAAAAAUGUGAUUUUUUAAAAAAAAAAACAAAAAAAAAAAAAAAAACGGAUGACGCGCAAUUCCAGCCACGAACGCGCAUCGUGAGGCGCACGACUGAUAUCUUGAUUUCAAAGGAAGUUUUUUUUUUCCUCUUUCUCUUUCUCUAUUAUCACUGCGUGACUGCUGUCGACUCAACUUUUACGUCGUUGCUUAGUGAAGCCAGAUGAGAAGGCAGAGGAGCGGAAGGUGGUUGACUGGUGGCGCUGGCCGGAGAUCCCCGAAGCGCCUGAAUCCCAGUUGAGUUGAUUGUUUGAGGGGGCUGGCAGGUGACCAGAGGCCGAGAAUGUCGAAGAGGGAGAAAUUCAACCCGGAUCCGUCCAUCCACAUAUCCAAGAUGAAUGUCAUCAUCCCGUUUUCCCCAGAUGUGCCCUGUGACAGCAACGGCCAGCGGAUGUGGUGGGCUUUCCUCGCGUCCUCCAUGGUCACUUUCUUUGGGGGUCUCUUCAUAAUCCUCCUGUGGAGAACUCUCAAAUAUCUGUGGACUGUGUGCUGCCACUGUAACGUCAAAAAGAAGGAGGUCCAUCGGAUCACCAUAGUCGAUGGCAUCAAGCGCACCAGCAAGGACGACCCAGUGGCCAGCGAGGUGGGCUGGAUGACCUCGGUCAAAGACUGGGCUGGGGUCAUGAUAUCCGCUCAGACAUUGACCGGAAGAGUCCUGGUGGUGCUCGUAUUUGCUCUCAGCAUCGGAGCCCUUGUUAUAUACUUCAUAGAUUCUUCUGAUCCUAUCGAGUCCUGUCAGAACUUCUACCAAGACUUCACGUUGCAGAUCGACAUGGCGUUCAACGUGUUCUUCUUGCUGUACUUCGGCCUCCGUUUCAUUGCCGCCAAUGACAAGCUGUGGUUCUGGUUGGAGGUGAACUCGGUGGUGGACUUCUUCACGGUUCCUCCGGUGUUUGUGUCUGUGUACCUGAACAGGAGCUGGCUCGGCUUGAGGUUUUUGAGGGCCUUGAGGUUGAUACAGUUCUCAGAAAUUUUACAGUUUUUGAAUAUACUAAAGACAAGCAACUCAAUAAAGCUGGUGAACCUGUGUUCAAUCUUCAUAAGCACAUGGCUAACUGCAGCAGGAUUCAUUCAUUUGGUGGAAAACUCGGGGGAUCCUUGGGAAAACUUCCAAAAUUCCCAGGCACUUUCGUACUGGGAAUGUGUCUACUUACUCAUGGUUACAAUGUCCACUGUUGGCUAUGGAGACGUUUAUGCAAAAACCACCCUGGGCCGCCUGUUUAUGGUCUUCUUCAUCCUUGGCGGUCUGGCCAUGUUUGCGAGCUACGUCCCUGAAAUCAUAGAGUUAAUAGGAAACCGCAAGAAAUAUGGUGGUUCCUAUAGUGCAGUUAAUGGGAGAAAGCACAUCGUGGUCUGUGGUCAUAUAACACUUGAGAGUGUGUCCAACUUUCUAAAAGACUUCCUACACAAGGACAGGGAUGAUGUCAAUGUAGAAAUUGUUUUUCUUCAUAAUAUUUCCCCUAAUCUUGAGCUGGAAGCCUUGUUCAAGCGCCACUUCACUCAGGUGGAAUUUUACCAAGGAUCUGUUCUGAACCCACACGACCUGGCCAGAGUUAAGAUCGAAUCAGCUGAUGCUUGUUUGAUCUUAGCCAACAAAUACUGUGCUGACCCUGAUGCUGAGGAUGCAUCCAACAUCAUGAGAGUAAUUUCUAUCAAGAACUACCAUCCAAAGAUCAGAAUUAUCACUCAAAUGCUGCAGUACCACAAUAAGGCCCACCUUUUAAACAUCCCGAGCUGGAACUGGAAAGAGGGAGAUGACGCGAUUUGCCUUGCGGAGCUAAAGCUGGGCUUCAUCGCUCAGAGCUGCCUGGCUCAGGGCCUCUCCACCAUGCUGGCCAACCUUUUCUCCAUGAGGUCCUUCAUCAAGAUUGAGGAGGACACGUGGCAGAAGUAUUACCUAGAAGGAGUAGCCAAUGAGAUGUAUACCGAGUACCUAUCCAGUGCCUUUGUGGGCAUGUCCUUCCCUGUAAUUUGCGAACUCUGCUACGUGAAGCUAAAGCUGCUACUGAUAGCUAUAGAGUAUAAGUCUGAUCAAAGGGAAUGCAGCACCCUGAUCAACCCUGGAAACCACGUGAAAAUGCAGGAGGGGACAUUGGGCUUCUUCAUUGCAAGUGAUGCCAAGGAAGUGAAGAGGGCGCUGUUUUACUGUAAAGCCUGCCACGACGACAUUACUGAUCCCAAAAGGAUUAAGAAAUGUGGCUGCAAGAAAUUGAUAUAUUCCAAGAAGCUCGCCUACAAGAAAAUAAAACUGGCAUGUUGUUUUGAUUGCGGCCGCUCAGAGCAGGACUGCUCUUGCAUGCCAGUUAAUGUGCCUUGUAACAUGGACUCCCCUCGACGCGACAUCCCACUCUCUGCUGUCUCUGUUAAUGAUUGCUCAGCCACUUUACAUGCCUCUAAAAAUAGCUAUAAUGGAUAUAUCAAAUCAAUUGAAGAGGACCAACAGUUGGUGUUGUCGCCCAAAAAAAAGCAACGCAAUGGAGGCAUGAGAAAUUCUCCAAACUCCUCGCCCAAGACCACAAGACAUGACCCGCUCCUCAUCCCGGGGAACGAGCAGAUUGAGAGCAUGGACGAGAACGUAAAGAAAUACGACUCCACGGGGAUGUUUCACUGGUGCCCGUCCAAAGACAUCGAGAAGGUCAUCUUGACCCGGAGCGAGGCAGCCAUGACGGUUCUGAGCGGUCACGUGGUCGUGUGCAUAUUUGGAGACGUCAAAUCUGCGUUGAUCGGUCUCCGGAACUUUGUCAUGCCUCUGAGAGCGAGCAACUUCCACUACCAUGAGCUGAAGCACAUCGUGUUUGUCGGCUCACUUGAGUAUCUGAAACGGGAGUGGGAGACGCUUCACAAUUUUCCAAAGGUCUCAAUUUUACCUGGCACACCGUUGAGUCGGGCAGAUCUGAGGGCUGUCAACAUCAACCUCUGCGACAUGUGUGUCAUUCUGUCAGCCAAUCAGAACAAUAUUGACGAUGCAUCACUGCAGGACAAAGAAUGCAUCUUGGCGUCACUCAACAUCAAAUCCAUGCUGUUUGACGACAGCAUCGGGGUCUUGCAGGCUAAUUCCCAAGGCUUCACACCACCAGGAAUGGAUAAAUCAUCUCCUGAAAACAGCCCAGUCCAUGGAUUAGUGAGGCAGACUUCUGUCACAACUGGAGCAAAUAUUCCCAUCAUAACGGAACUAGCAAAGCCAGGCAAAAAACUGCCUGUGAUUUCAUUCAGUCAGGAUAAAAGCAGUGGGACCAGCAUACAAAUCAUAACUGAGCUGGUAAAUGACUCCAAUGUUCAGUUCCUGGACCAGGAUGAUGAUGACGACCCUGACACAGAGUUAUACCUCACUCAGCCUUUCGCCUGUGGAACAGCAUUUGCCGUCAGUGUGCUGGAUUCCUUAAUGAGUGCUACAUACUUCAAUGAUAAUAUCCUCACCUUGAUCCGGACGUUGGUAACAGGCGGGGCGACACCGGAGCUGGAGGGCCUGCUGGCAGAGGAGAAUGCGUUACGCGGCGGCUACAGCACGCCACAGACACUGGCGAACAGGGACAGGUGUCGUGUGGCACAGCUGGCUUUGUACGACGGGCCCUUCGCCGACCUCGGGGAUGGCGGUUGUUAUGGGGACCUGUUCUGUAAAGCCCUGAAAACAUACAACAUGUUGUGCUUUGGCAUCUAUCGGUUACGAGACGCACAUCUAAACUCCCAAGGCCAAUGUACCAAACGGUAUGUCAUAACCAAUCCACCGUAUGCGUUCGAGCUGGUGCCCUCAGACCUGAUAUUCUGCCUGAUGCAGUUUGACCACAACGCUGGCCAGUCUCGAACCAGUCUCUCCCACUCUUCCCAUUCGUCCCAUUCCUCCAGCAAAAAGAGCUCCUCCGUUCACUCCAUCCCAACCACCAACCGCACCAACCGCGCAAGAAGCAGGGACUCAAAACAAAAUGCAACAAGGAUGAAUAGAGUGGGCCAAGAAAAGAAGUUUACAGAUGAGCCAGAGAAUACCCACCUGAGGACCAUACAGAUCAAGCCUGUGAAUACGCUCGCCAUCAACCAAGUCAGUCAGCUUAAAUCCACAAGCAGUUUGAUUCCACCCAUCAGAGAAGUAGAAGACGAGUGCUGAGCUCCGGACGCUCGGACCUCCACAGAAGACUCAUCGCGUAGGUCUCAGACUGGGGAUCAUCUGCAAACACUAACCAUCGAUUGACAUUAGAUGAGGCGAACAUAUACUGUUUUCCUCAUUCACCUUCUGCAGCAAGCAGAUUUAGAAUCAUACAUGAGAUAUAUAGAUGAAGACAAUCAUAGUCAAAUAUCGCUACCCCUCAACUUUUAGUUUGCACUGCUAAUAUUGUGGUGGCGGGACUCCAUGACUUUUCUGUUUCCAUUUCGGGGAAUGAGGGUCACUUGAAGGAGAACAGCAAUGUAAAAAAAAAAAUGACUACUGCAACAAAAAGAGGUGAUUAUAUAAUAACUGGAUCAAGUUUUGCAAUUGUAAAAGUUGCCUUUUAAGCUGUUGAUGAACAACUACUGCAUUGACUUUACCCAGUGUUGCAGAGUUAUUCUGUACAGUAUGUUAAAAUGUGUAUUUUACAUCCAGCUGCAAUCCCACCACAAUGGCAUCGUUAGUGACUGAGGCCCAAUCCCAAAGUCCCGACUCACAAACUUUGAGACGCGUUCUCGCAAAGUCUGUAAGGGCUGCCCCACUGUCAAAUCGGUGAGCACUUGAGGGCUCGCUUACUGAAAUUUUAGCCCUUUAUGCACAUUUUGCCUGAGGGAAUUACCCACAAUCCAUAGCGUUGUUACGUUAAACACUGGUUACCAGGAGAAGCCUGGAGGCUUAAAAAGAUAAGGUAAACAAAGAGGACGGCACAUGGGUGUUCAGCCUGGCAUAUUACAUUUACACAGAAAUAUUAACAUUAAAAAUGUAAGAUUGUACAUAAACAUUUGAAAUCAGAUGAAUUCAAGCAUAUGCUAUAUUACACACCGAGUUUACUUAUCAAACAUUUAUUUAAAUUUUGCUUAUUGAAGCUGUUUUGACAAAGGAGUAAAUAGAUUAUCUGCCAAUUACCUCAACUUAUAAGUCAAGAGCCUGGAAGAUGUUCAAAUCAGGCAGUAAAAAAAACCACAACAUAAAAACCCACAAUUGAAGAUAACAUGUUUCGGUGUCAUCGAGGUUAUGUGAUAUGUCAGCUCAAAGUGCCAUUCGUAUUUACACCAAGUUGCAGCCUCUUACACGUUGGGAUUGGGCCUGACUCAGUGAAUCCUUUGCCAUUUGGAGCUAAUUCACAACAUUUGUGACAGUUAAGACGGCCAGCGUCCAUGUGUAAAUGGCAUUUGGCUCCAGCCUUAUCUCUAUCCAUUUAUAUUUGUCUUAUCUUUGCCUUUUUGAGUCGUUUGUUAUAACUGUUUUCAUUUUUGCUGUUUGGUUGCAAUGUCCAAAACCCCAGAAAUUAUAUUCAGUAAAGCUUUUAAGUAUCUGCAAAGUUUCUCCAGGGUUAAAACGUUAGCAAUAUUCUUUAUUCUUUUCUUGACAAUAGCCAAAUAUGAUAGGUGUUUUGUUGUUGACAAAAGAAUAUAACCAAAAAUCUCACGGUUUAUGAUACAGUGACAGAGAUAUUCAUUUACUUAAGACACCAUAGAGAGCAAAGCUAUACUAUGGUUCAGCAUGGCAUCAUGUGUUAAAUGCGAAAGCCUCAUAUCGCAUGAAGUGGGCAUCCAAGUCCUCCUUUGGCUGUAUGCACUGCCUGACACAGGAUUGUCUUGGAGGCCAUUAGGCGCUCGUUUGUACUCCAUGACCAAUCUUAAUGCCAUAAUCACACAUGUUCAUGCUUUUUGUAGAUACAUGAAAACAGCUCUGUCAUAAAAAGUUAUUUGGGCUAUUUAUAUGUUCUAAAAGAUUCUAUUCUAUCGGUAAACCAUUACGUAUCGGAUAUAUUCAUAAAACAAACAGAUCAUUUGUUUCAUUUUGUACAUGCACGAGUCAAGAAUGCAGAGCUCAGAGUGGUCUUAUUUGAAUUAUAAAACGUAGUUGUAUUGGCACUGUUUUCACUUUACUUCAGAAUCAAUGAAAGUAAGCUUUGUCCACAUGAGGAGCAACACAGUCUAGGACUCAUGUUGGAUGUGAAUAAAAAGAGGUGAGAUUUUUUUUGUGGCACAGAGCAUCCAAGCCGCCCAACCCUCAGUGCCAGUAAUGUGCCAGGCAGUGCUAAAGUCAACGGAGGACUCCAGAAGACCCACUACUGCGAAAAGAGGCUUCUAGUUCAGCUGAAUUUAAGCAAAAUGUAUUUUUGCUGUGAGACUGAGACAUGUACCUGCCUCUCUUAAUAAGAGGCUGUAAUUCCCUGGAGAUAACUAGAACUGGAGUAAAUAAUUUAAAGUCUUAAAACUAUUUUUUAAAUUAUCCAUUGUCAAUAGCAGCGCGUAAUAGCAAAUAAUUGUGUGUACUCUUCAAAUCAAUCUGUAAAGCUUAAUGUAAAAUAUUUUUUUCUAGUAUGUUCUUGAUUAACAGUACAUGUGGGGUUGAGAGGCAUUCAGCAUUGCAGUCUAGUUUGUACUAUUUUGUGAAUUUCUUUUUAGCACAUUGACUUGUAGAUGCAAUGACUGUGCUAAGCUGAUAUUUCUGACUAUGUCAUAAUACCCAAUAAUCAAUACAGUUUAUUGUCUUGUACAUACAAUUGUACAUGAUUUCAUUUUGUAUUUUCACAAAUUAAAAGCUGAUGUAUUGUGUUCUA